AUGAACUCGUGGGACGCGGGCCUGGCGGGGCUGCUGGUGGGCACUAUUGGCGUGUCGCUGCUGUCCAACGGGCUGGUGCUGCUCUGCCUCCUGCACAGCGCUGACAUUCGCCGCCAGGCGCCGGCGCUCUUCACCCUCAACCUCACGUGUGGCAACCUGCUGUGCACCGUGGUCAACAUGCCACUCACGCUGGCCGGCGUCGUGGCACAGCGGCAGCCGGCCGGGGACCGCCUGUGCCGCCUGGCCGCCUUCCUCGACACCUUCCUGGCCGCCAACUCAAUGCUCAGCAUGGCCGCGCUCAGCAUCGACCGCUGGGUGGCUGUGGUCUUCCCGUUGAGCUACCGUGCCAAGAUGCGCCUCCGUGAUGCCGCGUUCAUGGUGGCCUACACGUGGCUGCACGCGCUCACCUUUCCGGCCACCGCGCUCGCCCUGUCCUGGCUCGGCUUCCACCAGCUAUAUGCCUCGUGUACGCUGUGCAGCCGGCGGCCGGAGGAGCGCCUGCGCUUUGCUGUCUUCACCAGCGCCUUCCAUGCGCUUAGCUUCCUGCUCUCCUUCAUCGUACUCUGCUUCACGUACCUCAAGGUGCUCAAGGUGGCCCGCUUCCACUGCAAGCGCAUCGACGUGAUCACCAUGCAGACGCUCGUGCUGUUGGUGGACAUCCACCCCAGUGUGAGGGAGCGGUGUCUGGAGGAACAGAAGCGGAGGCGACAGCGUGCCACCAAAAAGAUCAGCACCUUCAUAGGGACCUUCCUCGUGUGCUUUGCCCCCUAUGUGAUUACCAGGCUGGUGGAACUCUUCUCCACAGCACCCAUCGGCUCCCACUGGGGUGUGCUGUCCAAAUGCUUGGCCUACAGCAAGGCUGCAUCUGACCCCUUCGUAUACUCCUUGCUUCGACACCAAUACCGCAGGAGCUGCAAGGAUCUUCUGAACAGGAUCUUCAAUAGACGCUCCAUCCGCUCCCGUUCUGUGGGCCUCACAGGUGACUCUCACAGCCAGAAUAUUCUGCCAGUGUCAGAAUGA